CUGAACUCUGAAUCAUAUUCAGAUCUCUGUAGGUCGCUCCCUCUGGUCUUCCGUUUUCGACUACUUUCUGCUCUGCUCCUCACGAGUCUCGAUCCAUUCCUCGCGCCUCACCUCAGUCCGGCUCUAGUCACGGGAAAUCCCAUGCAUCAGUAUCGUAAACACCUCGUGAACCAGGUCCUUGUCAUUGUGAUUCAAAAUCGUCCUUUUGAUACCCAUUUAGCUGCUGCAUCAGCUUCUGCCAAUCCUAACGUUGCUUCUUUAUGGACGGUUGAUGUGGUUUUGGAAGUGCUAAGGUCUAUUCCAAUAUACCUUUUCCAAUCCUCUCGCUCCAUUGGCCGUCAGGGAGGUUUCCGGCAUCGUGCUCCUCUGAAACAACGCAAGCUCAAGGAGGAAGAAGAUAAGCUUGGCAAGAAUGUGCUUGUUCUUGGCCCUGCUGCUUACAGAGACCCCAAGAUGGUCAAGCUUGGAUUGGGCAAAGCAAUCGAGUUCUACUAUUGGGUCGAAACCCAUUUUGGAUUUACCCAUAAUGAGACCACUUGCAGGGAGAUGGCUUGUGUAUUGGCUAAAGGGAGUAAACUGAAUGCUCUCUGGGAUUUUUUGAAGGAGAUGUCAAGGAGGAGUGAUGGGUUGGUUACCACAGCUACUGUUACAUGUUUGAUAAAAGUACUAGGAGAAGAGGGAUUAGUCAAUGAAGCAUUAGUUACAUUCUAUAGGAUGAAGCAAUACCACUGUAAGCCAGAUGUCUAUGCUUACAACACUAUGAUAUAUGCUCUCUGCAGGGUGAGGUAUUUCAAAAAUGCAAGGUUUUUGUUGAAGCAGAUGGAGCUUCCUGGCUUUAGAUGCCCACCUGAUACAUUUACUUACACUAUAUUAAUAAGUUCCUAUUGCAAAUUUAGCAUGCAAACUGGAAGCGGGAAGGCAACUAGGAGGGGAUUGUGGGAAGCUAACCAUCUGUUUCGCCUGAUGCUCUUCAAGGGCUUUGUUCCUGAUGUUGUGACCUAUAAUGCUUUGAUUGAUGGUUGUUGCAAAACAUAUAGGAUUGGUAGAGCAUUGGAAUUAUUUGAAGAUAUGAAGAAAAGAGGUUGUGUCCCCAAUCGAGUUACGUAUGAUUCUUUCAUUAGAUAUUAUAGUGUUGUAAAUGAGAUAGAUAAUGCUAUUGAGAUGUUACGGUGUAUGCAGAAUUUGAAUCAUGGAGUGCCCACUUCCAGUUCUUAUACCCCUAUCAUUCACGCUUUGUGUGAAGUUGGAAAAGUUGUUGAUGCUUGUAAUUUCCUUGUUGAGUUGGUUGAUGGAGGCUCAAUGCCUAGAGAAUAUACAUAUAGAUUGGUUUGUGAUGCGCUGCACUCAGUGGGAGAGGCCAGCUUGCUAAGUGAAAAAGUACACGAGAGAAUAAGAAAUGGUAUACAGAUUAGAUACAUGCAGACCGUGAAAAUCAAACCAAUUAUGGCUCGCAAAGGAUAUCCUGAAAUGGAAGUAGUUUGAUUGCUUUUCUUAUUGGAGUCACUUGUUUUCAACGUACGUACAAGUUUCAAUGCUGAAUAGUAUUUUGGUUGUGGCUUGCUGCUAUUGUGAUUUCAGGACAUGAU